ACCCCUUUCUCAGUCGGAGAUACACACAGACUUAGGGGUGGGAAGCCCUCAGGAGGUGACCUGUUUGUAAGAAGACCUCAAGGCUGUGCCGGGCCCCUUUGUAGGUCUGUGAGGUCAGGCACAGGCUGCCCCAGGCUUCUUCCUCCCGCCCCUCAGGCCUGUCCCAGUGCACUGGGACCUAGCAGAGUCCAUGCUUCUCGGGUUUCCAGCCUCCUCCCUGCUCACCUGUGCCCUGGGCCAACCCAGACAAGGCAAAGGUUUACCUUUUUUCUCAGCGCCAUCCCCCUCUCCCAAUGUGGUAGCCUCAGUCAGGUCAGGUGAGUCUGUGCCAAGCUUCCCGCAGCAGAGCUCAGGCCACAAGGAGGAGGCGGCAGGGAGGGCAGUCCUGCUGGCAUCAUGGCCUGCGGCCAGGCCCCGGAGCUUCCGCACUGGCCAGAAGGCUUGAAGGGUGAAGAGAUAAAGAAGUGUGGCCGAGAAGGGAUAACACUGAAUAAAUACAACCAGCAAUACCACAAGCUGUUUAAGGAUGUUCCCUUGGAGGAAGUGGUUCUCAAAGUGUGCUCCUGUGCCCUCCAGAGGGACCUCCUUCUCCAGGGCCGGCUCUACAUCUCCCCCAACUGGCUCUGCUUCCAUGCCAGCCUCUUUGGCAGGGAUAUCAAGGUGGUCAUUCCUGUGGUGUCUGUGCAAAUGAUCAAAAAACACAAGAUGGCACGGCUCCUUCCCAAUGGACUGGCCAUCACCACCAACACCAGCCAGAAGUAUAUCUUUGUGUCACUGCUCUCCCGGGACAGUGUAUAUGACCUGCUGAGGAGAGUCUGCACCCACCUACAGCCUUCCAGCAAGAAGAGUCUGAGUGUAAGAGAAUUUCCAGGGAAACCUGAGUCUCUGGAAGUCCUCAUCCCUGAGAUGAAGUGGAGAAAGGUAUGCCCUUCCUCCAGGUCCCUGUCUCUACCAGACAACAUCCCUUGUAUCCCUCCAGCAUCCGUGGACUCCACAGACAGUUUCUUCCCCUCCAGGAAGCCUUCAAGGUCUGAAAAAUCAAGAACCCAAGUAGCUUCAGAAAACGGUGGGAAGUGGGCAUGGCCCAUGCCGGGCUGGGGUCCUGCCUGCCCUAAGAAGAUGCCAAACUGCUCUCCCACUGCAAAGAAUGCUGUCUAUGAGGAGGAUGAGCUGGAGGAGGAGCCCAGGAGCACUGGGGAGCUGACGCUGUGGGAUUACCGGCUCCUCAAGGUCUUCUUUGUGCUGAUCUGCUUCCUGGUCAUGUCCUCAUCCUAUCUGGCGUUCCGUAUUUCUCGGCUAGAGCAGCAGUUAUGCACCUUGAGUUGGAACGGCCCAGUCCCUGGGCACAGUGCUGCUGCGCUAAGACUGCCUAUGAAGGAAAACAUUCCAGAUCCCUCCUCCUCCCCGCAGCUCUUCUCCUCCCUCUAUGAGAGAUCUGAAGUACCUAUUUACAAAGUAACUGGCUUCUACGAUUUUUGGACUCAAACAAAAAGCCAGAGUUUUUGGAACCAACUGAGGAAUUCUGUACACAAAGCUUCAGCAACCACUUAAAUGAGAAAAAAAAAACCACAACAAACUGGGUCCUUGGAAACAGUUCUGGCACACAGGCAGCACACUGGAGGCCACCUCAAGGGACAGAGGCCAUGCUUUCAUAUUUGGAAUGUGGCUCUGCCACACAGCUCACCCCCAUGGUGAGGUCAGAGGUCAGAACACAAAUCACCCAUGUGGGCUCUGCUCUCUCCCAACACUCUGUGUUCCCACAGGGCUUCUCUGUGGGCAGCCAGGCACCUGUCAGGCUUGGGCAGAGGCCUGCUGAGAAGCCGUGAAUGCAGAGGGGAGGGCUCACGGCCAGGAUUCCAGCCAGAGAUGAAUUUCCAUGCUCUGGGCCGGGGCUCUGUGCCGGCCCCUCAUGAGGUGGCUGGCUGCAUUACGGGGAGAUGUUGCCUAUGGCGGGGAUGGUGGCAGGGGCUGUGAAGAACAGAGGUACCCAAAUGCUGUGUCCUCAGCUGUCACUUUCUGGUGAGACAGGUGGGGCAGGGCCUUUGAUCACUGUGGUCACAAACCUGGUACUGGGUUUUGCCCUUGUGUGUUCAAACAUGUCUAAGGUGUCCCAAGCCCUGGAAAUAGGGAAGGGGAGGGUGGAGGCUUGCAUCCGAGAUCUUGCUGUCUACUCCCUGCCUGCCUGCCCAGAUCUCAGGCAUGGACAACAGCAGCCCAUUUGGGGGGCCUGUCUGGGCAGCUGCGUGUGAUGGUGUUGAGCCAUCACAGGGCAGAGGUCACUGUGUCACCCCUGUAGUCACUGGGUUGCAGGCCAUGGAGGAGGGACCUCCAGUCCAUGGGGCCUAUUCUCCAUUAAGGUGGAAGUAUCCACUGUGGGCCUGGAACAGUGCAGGAACCAGGCCAGGGGGUCUAUCUCAUACCUCUGGGGACAGGAAAGGUAGAGGAUGAGGAGCUUGGAUAUAGUGGUGGUUUUGCCUUGGAUAUUCCUCUUCCUCUAUCAAGGCCUUCUCUUCUCUGUGCCCCACAACUCUGGCCUCAUCACCCUGGGACUCCCAUCUGCUAAGAUAGUGGCUUUAGAGGUUCUGGAAGGGCCUUAGUGAGGAGGCCAGAAGUAUCAGGGAAAGUUGCUGGAGAUGGGGUGGGCAGUGUCAGAAAUAGCCACUGUUUUCCCCUCUUCAGACACUGAGAGAUUAAUCAGGGAAUGAAAUCCAGGUGGAAAUUAUUUAUUGUGGAGCAGACGACUGUCUGUCCUGUUUAUGACAAACCCAAAUGAGGACCGGAGGGACUACCAUUAAGUGGUCUCUUCAUGCUCUCCCCAUCCCAGUUUUUAGGAUGAAACAGCCUGGCCUUUUGUGUUGCUUGCACCAAAUCUGUAUGUCUCAGGUGAAACUCACUCUUCCAUGAACGGCCAUCCUUUUUUUUUUUUUUGGAAACAGCCCCUUUCACCCUUUCAUCAGUCCUUUUUAGGAAAAUAACCCUUCUUGCUUCAGCACUUCUCCCUGGUCCUUGCUGAAAGACAGAGAUAAAAAUCCAUUCUCUGAGCCUUGCUAGGUUGUCAGAGGCCAUGAGAGGUGCCAGUUAUAGGUGGAUAUGCCAAGAUGCUGGCGAACUUGGUCUUCAGGUAUACUCAGGCUCAGAAAGGGCAAGAGCCAUGCUGCAGGGCAGGUGACUUUGGAGGUGCACUUGGGGCCCAGGGCUUUGAGUGGUGUGGGUGUGCCUGUCCUUCCAGAUGGUGCUGUUUCUCCCUGUUGUCCCCCUACCUGGUCCUCUGGGGCCACCGUGCCUUCUGCUGUGUGCAUUUAUAAAUGAUGUGUAUUUUAUAUAGACCUGCUUGCGAUGGCUGAUGGUCCUCUAAUUCCCUGAAUUUGGUUCAACCACCCUUGGGUUGUUUUGCUAUGGCCUUUGCCUUUGAAAAUAUUUUAAAAUAAAAAACUUGAUUUUUCUAGUGUA